AUGGACAGUGACCCACGAGUGAGCGCCCUACAGUGGGAGGUGACGAAAGAGGCCUCGGCGUCGCCCAAGACGUGGGCAGAGCUGGCCCGCACCACUGCUGCGGCCGCAGCAACUAAUCCGGUGGAAAGAGUGAACGCUGUGACGCUGGUGUACGAGCGCGCCUUACGUGCAUUUGCCUCUUCCUACAAGCUAUGGAGGGCCUACAUCAGGUAUCGCCAGCAGGAGACCCGUAGGCUGUGUGGGCCGAGCGAGUGGUUCCAGGCUAUGCGCGAGGUUUAUGAGCGGGCGUUGGCAGAGCUUCCGACGAUGCCGAUGCUCUGGGUCGAUUACAUGGAGUUUGUCGUUGCCUCUGAAGUGCCGCGUGUGACAAUGACGCGGCACAUACUAGCUCGUGCCUUAGCAGCACUGCCAGCGACGCAACAUCAUCAUCUCUGGAGGGUCGCAAAGCGCUGGUGCGCUAUGCCCGUCGUGCCAAGUGCUACAGUACAGGCCGUCUGGCGACUUUACCUGUCCUUCCAGCGCUCGCUGCAUGCAAGGCGGGAAUACUUUCAGGUCCUCGUGCAGAAAGGCGACUUCAAUGCGUUCUUGCAGGAGUGUGUACACCUGGGGCUGCCCAACAAGUUGGACAAGGGCGCCGUCGAGCAGCGUGACUUGCUCUUUGGCGACGUGAGCUUUUGGGAGACGGUGCAGACGGCACUGCAGAGUAAGGGCUGGCGCUUCACAGGCGAUAUUGACCCGCUGCGCGAGCUGGUCGCCCUCGGAAAACAGCGCUGCGCCUCCCCGGUCGAGCUCUCAAUGGCCUUUGCCAUUUUCCUUUACGGUCAGGGAAACAUGCGAGAGGGACGACAGGAACUUCAGGGGCUUCUAGACGCGGCACCUGAGGCGCAGACGCUGACUUCGCUUUACCACCUUGCCGUGGAGGUGGAAGACCAACUCGUGGAGUCUUUCGCGGUGGACCCCAAUCUCAAGCACCUCGACGACGCCACGUACAAAAGGGUGGUGCAGCAUCUCUUUGGUGACGGCGACCCACUCAGCCACCUCGAGCGACUUGUGCACGAUUUUCCGCUGCUCCUCAACCAGGCGCAGCUCAGGAACAGCCCCCACAAUGCGGCACUGUGGCUGAAGCGUGUGGAGCUCGUGCAGGAGGACGUUUACGCAGGCCGCUCCACCUUUGACGAUCUUGUCGCACUAUAUCGACAGGCUAUUCAGCAGUGCACUGCGGGGAUGUCGCGUGUGGAUGGCGCGGCGGCGCAGCUGUUCUUUUCCUGUGCCCAGGCUCUCAUUCGUGGCGGCAAGCUGGACAGCGCUACGUUGGUGCUCAGUGAAGGGGCGUGGUACGUACCUUUUACCAGUGCCGCGCUCAACGUGCAGCUUCUUGGUCUUCUUGUGGAGGUUCAGCUCAUGUCUUCCGCGUCACCCUUGUCAGUGAGGGAUGCGCUGGCGGAGAGACUGACCAGCGGUGCUCGUAGUGGCGGUUCAAAGCGCGGCCGAAACGGGCUUCUGCAGUCGAAUGCAGCACUACCCCAUGUGGUACACCACCCACACGCAUGGAUCCUGUGGUGCGACGUGUGCGCUGCCUACGACGCGACCAAUGCGACCGCUUGGCAGAGCCUUGUCGAGACGCUUUCCAGCUCGCCUGCCUUCUCUGCUGAAGCCGCCUGCUAUGUAGCACACAAGGCCUACGUGUGCAGACAAGAGUCCAUUGCCGUCAUGGUGCUAGAGAGAGCCGUUGCUGCCACGCGGCAGCAACCUACCGCGCAGCUGUUUGUGCUGGAGCAGUACCUCUCCUUCCUGUACGUCCGUGACGGCGGGAAAGUGCCGCUACAUCAGUUUCGCGAGGUGUUCAGCCUCGUGCAGCAAGCCACCCCGGUCGCCAUACGCACUGCACCAUCGGCCGUCAUCGACUUGCACGUCAGCUGCGCUUACAUGGAGGCAGCGAUCGGCCUAUACGGGACAGCUGUCCGCAUGAUGCAGGAGAUUUCCUUAGUCGCUGUCGCGGCACUACGAGGGCGUGAUGAGUACCUCCGUAUCCUGCAGGCCAUACUUGAGCACUCGAUCACCUUCACGGAGCAGCGCAAGGGCUACGAUGCGGUACGCAAGUACUGCGGAGCGCUCGUUCAGCGCCUCCAGCACGCACUUCUGCUGCAGCGUGUUGCGCUUCACUGGGCCUCAAUCGAGAAGCGCUCUGGUAACACCGCACAGGCGCAUCUUAUCCUUGACGCGUGCGGGGACAGCCAGGACCCGUCCACGGAGCAUGGAGAGGUCUACUGGAGGCUGUGGGAGUCUCUCUGCACAAGUGUGGAGGAGUUUGAGAAGGUGGCUCGGCGUCGUCAGCAGGCCUCAAUGCGCUUCGGCAAGCGCGAAAGUACGAAGGGGUCAGGGUAA